AUGUUUAGAAGCUUAACAUCAUUCAAAACACAGGGACCUGUUCUGUCCCGGAUGGCCCUAAGAUUAUACUCGACUAUCCCAAAAACGCAGAAAGCAAUGGUGUUUUAUAAAAAUGGUGGACCUCUAAAGUAUGAAGAUAUUCCAGUUCCUAAACCAAAGCCAAGCGAAAUAUUGAUAAAUGUCAGAUAUUCCGGUGUCUGUCACACAGAUUUGCAUGCAUGGAAGGGCGAUUGGCCACUUCCAACAAAGCUACCCUUAGUUGGAGGUCAUGAGGGUGCAGGAGUUGUUGUUGCGUGUGGUUCGGAAGUCAAAAACUUUAAGGUUGGGGACUACGCCGGGAUCAAGUGGUUGAAUGGAUCCUGUAUGGGCUGUGAGUACUGUAUGCAGGGUGCAGAGCCAAAUUGCCCAAAGGCCGAUUUAUCUGGUUACACUCAUGAUGGAUCAUUCCAGCAGUACGCAACCGCUGAUGCAGUUCAAGCUGCACAUAUUCCUCAGGGAACAGACUUAGCUGCGGUUGCCCCAAUUUUAUGUGCUGGAGUCACGGUUUACAAAGCUUUGAAAACAGCUGAUCUCAGACCUGGUCAAUGGGUGGCAAUUUCAGGUGCCGGAGGUGGUUUAGGUUCCCUAGCAGUCCAGUAUGCCAAGGCUAUGGGACUCAGAGUUGUUGGUAUUGAUGGUGGCUCUGAAAAGAAAGAACUUGCAACCAAGCUUGGAGCCGAAGAAUUUAUUGAUUUCACACAGGUUUCCGAUGUCGUCAAGGAGAUGCAAAAUGUUACAAAUGGAGGUCCACAUGGUGUCAUCAAUGUCUCUGUUUCUCCUAGAGCAAUGUCACAGUCUGUGGAGUACGUUCGCACUUUGGGUAAAGUUGUUCUUGUUGGCCUUCCAGCAGAUGCUGUUGUCCAAACAAAGGUGUUUGACCAUGUCAUAAAAUCCAUUCAGAUCAGAGGCUCCUAUGUUGGAAAUAGGGAGGACACUGCUGAGGCCUUGGAUUUCUUUGAAAGAGGCCUCGUUCAUUCUCCUAUUAAGGUUGUGGGGCUCUCUGAUCUUCCAAAGGUUUUCUCUUUGAUGGAAAAGGGUAAGAUUGCCGGUAGAUAUGUUUUGGACACAUCCAAAUGA